CAGGGCUAGGAGGGAGAGUGUAUUUAGAGAGGGAGAACCAGUGAUAGACAUAGAACACACAGAAACACAGAAAAGGGACGCACUCUGAGGGAGCUCACACAGGCAUAAUGUCUAAGGGUCCAGCAGUUGGCAUUGACCUGGGCACCACAUACUCAUGUGUGGGUGUCUUCCAACAUGGCAAGGUGGAGAUUAUUGCUAAUGACCAAGGAAAUCGCACCACUCCCAGUUAUGUGGCCUUCACAGACACAGAGAGACUCAUUGGAGAUGCGGCAAAGAACCAAGUGGCCAUGAAUCCAACCAACACUGUGUUUGAUGCCAAGCGCCUGAUUGGUCGUCGAUAUGAUGACCCAGUUGUGCAGUCAGACAUGAAGCACUGGCCUUUCACUGUCAUUAAUGAUGGGGGGAGGCCCAAAGUUCAGGUUGAUUACAAGGGAGAGGCUAAAUCCUUCUACCCUGAGGAAAUUUCAUCCAUGGUCCUUACUAAGAUGAAGGAGAUAUCAGAAGCCUACCUGGGAAAGACAAUUAAUAAUGCAGUUGUCACGGUUCCUGCUUAUUUUAAUGAUUCGCAAAGGCAGGCAACAAAAGACGCGGGAACGAUCUCCGGACUCAAUGUGUUGCGUAUUAUUAAUGAGCCAACUGCGGCUGCUAUAGCAUAUGGGUUGGACAAAAAGGUGGGUGGUGAGAGGAAUGUUCUGAUUUUCGAUCUGGGUGGAGGCACUUUUGAUGUUUCUAUCCUUACUAUUGAGGAUGGCAUAUUUGAAGUUAAGUCCACAGCUGGUGACACCCACUUGGGCGGGGAGGAUUUUGAUAAUCGCAUGGUCAACCAUUUUGUAGGAGAGUUUAAACGCAAGCACAAAAAAGACAUCACAGAAAAUAAACGUGCUAUCCGUCGUCUGCGUACAGCCUGUGAGAGAGCCAAGCGCACUCUCUCCUCCAGCACUCAGGCCAGCAUUGAAAUAGACUCCCUCUAUGAGGGUGUUGACUUCUACACAUCGCUAACACGAGCCCGGUUUGAGGAGCUCAAUGCAGAUCUCUUCCGUGGAACAUUGGAGCCAGUAGAGAAAGCCCUACGAGAUGCCAAGUUAGACAAGGCACAGGUCCAUGAUAUUGUUCUUGUUGGAGGCUCCACACGUAUCCCCAAGAUCCAGAAGCUCCUCCAGGACUUUUUUAAUGGAAGAGAACUGAACAAAAGCAUUAAUCCAGAUGAAGCAGUGGCCUAUGGUGCAGCUGUUCAGGCUGCAAUCCUGUCUGGAGAUAAAUCUGAAAAUGUGCAGGACCUACUUUUGCUGGAUGUCACCCCACUAUCUCUCGGCAUUGAGACAGCAGGAGGAGUUAUGACAGUUCUCAUCAAACGUAACACGACCAUACCCACUAAGCAAACACAGACAUUUACCACUUAUUCCGACAAUCAACCAGGUGUCCUUAUUCAGGUGUUUGAAGGUGAAAGAGCAAUGACAAAGGACAACAACCUGCUUGGUAAAUUUGAGUUGACAGGAAUCCCGCCGGCUCCUCGUGGUGUCCCCCAGAUUGAAGUGACAUUUGACAUUGAUGCCAAUGGAAUCAUGAAUGUGUCUGCCGUCGACAAAAGCACUGGGAAGGAGAACAAGAUUACCAUUACUAAUGACAAGGGCCGUCUAAGUAAAGAAGAUAUUGAACGUAUGGUUCAAGAAGCCGAUAGGUACAAGGCUGAAGAUGAAGUCCAGAGAGAGAAGAUCACAGCCAAGAAUUCUUUGGAAUCUUUAGCUUUCAACAUGAAGAGCACCGCCGAGGAUGAAAAGCUGAAGGACAAGAUUAGUCCAGAAGAUAAACAGAAGAUCUUGGACAAGUGCAAUGAAGUAAUUUCUUGGCUGGACAGGAACCAGAUGGCUGAGAAAGACGAAUAUGAACAUCAACAGAAGGAACUGCAAAAUGUCUGCAACCCUAUCGUUACGAAGCUCUACCAGGGGGCAGGGGGUGCCGGCAUGCCUGGUGGAAUGCCUGGAGGCUUCCCUGGAGCAGGGGGCAGUGCUGCUGGUGGCUCUUCUGGACCGACUAUUGAAGAAGUCGAUUAACGUGCUGUCCACACUUAAUAAAGCAGGCCACUUGCAACAAAUCAACUUCCAAUCUUGUACACUAUUAAAAUUCAGCAACAUAAA